UCAUUACCCUCCAAAAUAGGAACGCUAUAAUGCUCCCAUUACCUCUUGACGGCAGACAUGAUAUCGUUAUUUUCUUAUGUUCGAAUCCAGAAGUCAGGAUUGUGAACUCGGGAGGAGAAAUUAAACAACUUUUUUUUCACAGUUCUCGGAGCUAGCAGACCUCCUUGACUCGCAAGUUAUGAAUCAACUUAGAGUAAAUACACAGGAUUUGGACUGUCCAGAUGACGACAAAAUGUCUCCAAAAAGUGCAGGUGGUGCAAUUGGUACAGCUGGUUCAAGUAGAGUGUAUUAUCCUAACAGUGAAGAAGACUGCGCCGCUUGUGGCUGCUACUACCCUUAUUAUCCCAAUGAUAUAUGUCGAGUCAUAGAAAGGUGCACGAAAGCCUGCGAAGCAGUUUAUGAUAUCUUGUGCAUAGAUCCCCGCAUUCAGCAAGCUGUUAAGUGUUGGUUCUCUAGAACGUGUCAAACAAAUUGUUACGCCACAUUUAUGUAUACAACUAAGGCCAACUCCGCAAACCCUAAAAAACUUACGUUCGGUUUGCUCGGAUGUUUGUUUGGAUGCGGUGGCGGCGGCGGCGGCGGCUCAAAUAACAAUAACAACAACAACAACAACAAUGGUUGGGGUGGUAAUAACAAUAAUAAUAACAACAAUAACAAUGGUAAAUAAAUAAUAAUAAUAAAUAGUAAUC